AUGACCUUUAAAAGAAAGGAAACCUCACCACAGGUUAAGCCUUUCCAUGUUUUUGGUGUGUCCAAAGGAGUAAGGAACAACUUACUGUUUCAGGAUGAGGAGACAGUGAUUUUCCCAAGUGGAAAUCACUGUGUCAGGUACAACAUCCCUCAGAGACACACAGAGUUCAUUCACGUUGCAGAAGGAAGCAGCGGCAUGCAGGCCCUGGCUUUAAGCCCCGAUCGGCACUACCUGGCCGUGUCAGAGUGCGGCACCAUCACCGUCUACGACCUAAACGACGGGAAGUGCACCAAGACACAGGUUCUGACGCACAGUGACCACGACGUGAAGGAAUUCGUCUGCAUGGCGUUUUCUGCUGACUCAAAAUACCUGCUAGGCCAGGCUGGAGGACCCACAUGGAGCCUCUUCUACUGGAAUUGGAAGGAACAGGAGCUCAUCGCUAGUGUGAGGGCCACAAAGAGUGGCAUUAUCAAACAGGUCAGCUUCAACCCUGAGGAUGACAAACAGGUCUGCGUGAGCGGAAAGGGAGUCUUCAAAAUCUUCGAAUUGAAGGAGCACUCCCUGACACAGAAGCACUCCUUUAAGAUGGAUGAUGUCCUGUGCCACACUUGGAUGUCUGGGGACUCCAUUGUUGCAGGAACCGAGGCGGGACAACUGCUGAUGUUGAAGUCUGGAUGCCUGCACCAGCUGGAUAAUCCAUAUGAGGGAAAUGAAGAGAUGUUGGACUCAUCUUCCUUUCUGCCCCCGCUGACGUUUGUUAGUGCCAUCGUGCGCCAUUCUAAAGGCUUCGCCUGUUCAUCUGGACUGGGGUUAGUUUGUGUCUAUGAGGAGACUAAGGAGAAGGACUACAGGAAGACCGGGACAAUAAGAAUUCCUGUGGACCCAAAAAGUGCGCAGCCGCUUCAGACGAUCACCACCAUGUGCGUCAGUCCAUCUGGGGAGACGCUGGCCAUCAGCACAGACCAAGGCCAGCUCUAUCACAUCAACUUCAGAUCUGUUGAGAUUAGCAAGAAUAACAAGGCCGAGUUCAAUUUCCUGUCUCACCCUUUUCACUCGGGGAGCAUCACAGGUCUGUCCGUUUGUGUGACGAAACCCCUCAUGGCCACCUGCUCCACGGACCGCACCGUACACAUCUGGAACUACAAGACCAAGUCUCUGGUGCAGUUCAAGCAGUUUGACAAAGAGCCGCUCUGCGUCUCGAUUCACCCGAAUGGCCUUUUCAUCUUGGUGGGCUUCUCCACAGAAGUCCGCCUCAUGAACCUCCUCAGAGACGACAUGCGCACUGUCCAGAAGUUCCGCAUAAAGAACUGCACUGAGUGUGUGUUCAACCACAGUGGCCACAUGUUCGCCGUCGUCAACAAAAAGAAGAUACACACAGUAAACGUGUGGACAGGGGAAAUAAAGGAACUGAAAGGCUACUCUGAAAUGGUGCAGUCUGUGAAGUGGAGUGAUGAUGACGCUCAUCUGGUGUCAUGUGGGAUGGACGGCCUCGUGUACGUUUGGGACGUUCUGGCCGGCACCUACGUGUUCUGCAACGAGAAGAGUGCUUGCUACGCGGAUGUGACGUUCUCGCCUAACAGCAAGAGUGUCAUCGCUGUAGAUCGCAACAAAAUCUGUGAGAUCGAUCGUAAAAGGAUUCUAUUUGAAAUGGCCUCGGAUGAUGUGGAAUACACGGCCAUCUCCAUGACUCGUUCAGGCAGAACGGUCUUCGUCGGCACCGCCGCUGGUACUGUCAGGGUCAUGGAUUACCCUUUUGAAAAAGAGAUGACCUGGAAAGAACAUCAGGCCCAUUCUGGUCCCAUCACCAAAAUGGUCGUCACAGCUGGUGAUCAGUACCUGCUGACUGCCUCAGAGGAUGGCUGCCUUUUCAUCUGGACGAUCAUUGACCAGGAUGGACGGACCCUUGAGAUGGUCAAGGAUAUUGACUAUACUGAGGAGGUCCUCUGUACAGAGAAGUUUCUGAAGGAAAAGGACGAGAAGAUAAAUGAGCUGAUGCAACAGAUUGAGUGUCUGGACGCUUGGAAUGAGUUCACUAUGACCGUGAAGGAGAAGAACCUCAAUAAGCAGAUGGACAGCUCUAUUCAGAAGUGCCUCCAGCAAAUAGCGGCUCUGGAAGAGGAAAUCCAGGUGCUGAAUGCCGAUAGGCAGGAUCAGACGCUCUAUUAUGAGACGAUGCUGACCGAGCUGAAGGAGCAACAAGCCCAAGAGCUGCUAGAUCAGAGAGAGAGCUUCAGCGUUAAGUUGGCUGCAAAGUUCGAGAAGUACGAAAACUUGAAGCAGGAAUUUCAGCUGAUGCAGGAGGAUUUUGAGAUGAAGCUGAAGCAAGCUGAGAAGAGUCACCUCUGUACCAUGGAGGAGAAUACACAGGCCUACGAAGCCAAGCUGCAGAAGCUACAGGCCAAGUUGGAACAGGAAAUAAAGGACACUGAGGAGAAGCUGAAAAAUCUUAAGGACCUCGCUGAACAUGAGAUCAUGGAUCUUUGCUACGAAUUCGACCAGGAGCUUGAGAUGGAGAAGGAGAUCAGGCUGAGGGCCCAGUGUUUUAAGAAAAAGAUGGAGUCAAAGAUCUCGACGUUGCCAUCUGUGAGAAGGGUGACAGAAUCUCAAAGCUCCCACAUCUCUGAGCUGGAGGAGCAGAUGCAGAACCUGAGGGAACAAAUGCAGAAUGUGACGAUAAACACCAAGGAUAUGGAAAAUGAAAUGGAGCAGCAAAGCCAGGCUAUUGUUGAGCAGGAAAGCUGCAUUGAAGAGCUCAACAAAAUGAUUGAGAACCUGGAACUGAGUCUAAAAGAGAAGGAGGAAGAAAUGGUCAAGGCACUCUUGAAGUACAGAGGUUCUGAAGAAGAAAGGAAGCAGAGGAAAGAACAAGAAAGGAUUGAAUAUGAGCAUAUUGUGAAAGAAACAGAGGAGAACAAAGAGACGUACAUAAAGAUUUGGUCUGAGGUAAAUCGGAGGAAGCAGAAGCAGCAGGAGGCCAUUGAUGACGUGAAUCGACAGCUGCAAUCACUGGACAAAACCUUAUACACAGACAAGCUGAAGAUCAUGGAUACAAAUAUCCUGUUGCAAAGGAUGAAGAGUGACCUCAACAACUGCUCAAGCUUUAUCCAGGAGCCCAAGAAGCUGAGGAAUAACUUCAUUGCGCUUCUCAAUCACCAUACCCACAUCAAGACCGAUGUGGAAUUGGAUGCCCAGGUUGUGGAGCAACAAACCAGGCAAAUUGAGCACUUGAGCAAGGCCUGGGAAUCUCAGACCUCAAGGCUAACUAAGGAGAUCAAAACUGGGAAAGCCAAGAACUACAAGAUGGUGAUGAAGGGUACUUCUCUGAUUAAGGAGCUGCAGGACCAGCAACUAAAGCACCAGCAUGUGCUGAAGAGCCUCAGAGAUCAGAAUAUCACAUAUGAUGAGACAAGAUUCCCUGCUAUCUCGGUGGUCGAGAAAAAGCCUGUGUUCAGGCCUCAGCACCCAGCAGACCAGAGACAGACGAGGAAUCUCCUGGAGAAGAGACGUGGACAGACCAUUGCACUGCAGAAGCCAGCGAGCAGUUUCAAACUUCCACCCAUUUGACCCAUAGAAGAGGGCCAGAAGAUCACCUGGGAGGUGUCCAAUACUUGGAUGUAGUCUAGUGUGGGGGCGUGUGCAAACCGAGGUCUGAAAGCAACUUCUUUCCAGGAAGCUAUUCACCGAGUGCCUAAAGGGUCUAUCUUUUUCCAAGCAGCAGGAGGGGGUUUAAGCAUUGGGACAUCAGCAGGGCUCCGUUUUAGUCGUAAUGCCCCGGCCUCCCUUGACGCCAUCAAGUCCAAAGUUGAGCACUGUGGCUCAGCUGAGCCACAAAAAAGGAUGUAUGCAUCCGUGCUCCUUAAAGACUUAAAGCAAAAAUAUAUAAAUAUAAAUAGAUUCGGUCAGGACUGUGGUCAGGUCGGUAUAAUUGGUCCUCCUGAAUUGGGAUUGGGUUAGAGUCCAGUUUGGUGCAAGGCAUCUCAGAGGACCCAAAUAAGAUAAAUACGGAGGCAUCUAGUGAUCUGGUCUAAUGGCCCGGGCCUGAUAAAGCUGAUAGCUCAGUGGGUGAGGGGAACUGCAGGACUAAGUUUCACUUAAUUCAGUGACACAGGGACAAGGGAAAUACAGUGAGGGAAAAAAUGAUUUGAUCCCCUGCUGAUUUUGU